AUGGACAGUGGUCGUUGUGGAUGCAUUUUGAGCUCAACAUACGGCCUACCAUGUGCUUGUGUAUUAGCACGAUAUCAACCUGGAAUAAUUCCACUUGGUGAAAUUCAUGUUAUGUGGACCCGUUUAAGCAUUUCAGGUAUUGUUUCUAAUGAAUCGCUUCCAGAGUUUAGCAUUGACCGUGAAGUUCAAUUGGUACAAGAAAGAUUCAACAAGGUUGACAUCGGUGAAAAGGUCAACAUAAAGCAGAAGAUGAUCGAAAUUGCUUGCCCAGAGUUGACAUCUAUGGUUGCUCCUACGCAUAAAGUGAAAACAAAGGGUGCACAGAAGUCUAAAGAUGCACGACAUGAGAGGUCUACGAAACGUGACCCAUCAUAUUUUGAGCACGUCGACACUUUACAUUCGAUGACAGAGUCUUCAUCACGAAAAACCAAAGUGAAAUCGAAGGCCAAAGAAGAAACGCGAAGGACAAUACCAAUGUUAAAUCAAUUUCAUCCGAUUUGUCAUCCAUUCAUUGUAGAUAUUGUUGAUGUUGUUGCUGAUGGUCAUUGUGGUUAUCGAUGUAUUGCUGCUAUGUUGGGCCUAGGUGAAGAGUGGCGUGAUGAAUAUGCACAAUUAGUAGGAAGCUACGAUCGAUUGGAAGAACUACGACAAUCAUUGAUUGUUCAUGAUCGAUCACAGGUUAAUGCUAAGAAGUGGAUGACCAUUCCUGACAUUGGUUAUGCAAUUGCAAAUCGAUACAAUGUCAUCUUCGUAUGUUUGUCAUAUGUUCAGAGUUUUGCCAUAUUUCCACUACGAACUUCACCGCCUACAGAUGUCACACAACAUCGGAUGUUAAGCAUUGGAUUUGUUAAUGGAUGUCAUUUCGUACAGGUUCAAUUACAACAGGAUUGUCCCUUACCCAUGAUGGACAUAAUUUCGUCAAACUAUUGUUACCCACAAGCGCGAACAUGGUCUACAUUUUAUACACACAGGAUGCAAUCAUUUGUGAAUUUAAUGACAGUUAAUACGACUUAUGUAGAUCUUACAGAAGACUGA